CCGAUUGUGUUAUCAAUCUCCCUUAUUCAGGAUCACAAUUUUGACUCCUGCAACAUCUGCGUCUGCACCACAUCAGUGUUAGGCUCUGAGAUUGGAGUUUAUUUGCCCAGUCCAGCUCUGGUGGCUACCACUGGGCUAACUGAUAUCGUGUCACCCAAUUCUAGUCCACAUUCUGCAAGUCGCCAAGCGCUAAUAAAAAACCUUGUUAGUUCGACUUCUAGUAUGUGUAAGUGCGGAUUUAGCGCCGUAAUGAAUCAGCGUCAUGCUCUCCGAGCCAAUCUUUUUUACGAGGACGAGCUUGAAGUAGCUGGUCUUUGUCUGGCUGCUUGUUUACCUGAGCUGGAAGUUGCGCGAAAUUCUCCUUUUCAACUCCCUAUCUCACCAACAUCAAAUUCUAAAGUCAACAGCCCCAAUUCGACCACUCAAAUAAUUACCGAUAACGGCAAGGAUAUUGAACUACCCUCGCAGAAUUGUUCUCGCACUUUACUUCAGCAUUUCUUGCUUACUGGUGGGCUGUCUCGGUCUCCCGCCAAUGUUUUGUCUGGUCUUAAUACAAGCGUAGCUUCUACAGUCAAUGUGGCUUCUACCUCUUCGUUAGGUAGUAUUAGCAACAAUUCAAGAAGAUUCUUGAGUGUCGAGGGCAUUAAUAGUGACUUGCUUGGGGUCGCUAUGGCAACCCUUCCACUGAACGCUGUCAUUCGGCCGCCAGUUUAUCGAGCUCGUCCCUGCUGGUGGGCCACAGACGAUGGUCUUCCUACUGCUGGAAAUAUUGACCUGUUGCUUCAGCUGACCCGUGGUGCCCUUGAUGAAUUCCUCGUUCGACAAAUCUCAGAUUUUACAAAGCACACUCAGAUGGCUAGUCCUAUGCAAAUACAGGAGAAUCUUUUAGAGUACAAAGAUGCAUGCGCUCUAGCCACAUCCGCUUUGCGCGAAGCAAUUGCCUGGUCAGAAGCUGCUCGAAAUCUUGACGACUCUGCAACUUACUGUAUUCGAAACCAAAUUCCAGACACAGCAUCACGAGCCCCUAUGAACCGGCCAAUUUCUGCAUACGCGGAUGCCUCUCUCGCCGAUCUUGUUUAUCUGCACCCCUCUUUUGUCCUACGAUCGGCCGCCAGACUCUCCGAGAAUCAUAACGAUCAGAUUCGUCUCCUUGAUGUAAUUUCUCAUCACUAA